AUGAAUGCACAAGACAGCUUCGCGGGCUUACAAGAUGUGCUCCCACAACCAAGGCCCGUUAGCAGGCGUCGCAGGAAGUUUGAUCGCAGAGGCGAUGAAGAUAGAAAGAGCAAGGAGGAGAUGGACAAGCUGCUUGUCUUUGGCUACGCAUGCACACUCGUAGACAACCCAACAGUCGCACAGGACAUCGACCACGGGAAGUACUUGGGUCCAUGUAUGGCCGACGAGAGUCUGCUGGUGGAUAGGCAUGACGUCAGGCACAAUGUGAGCGACCUAAAUAGGUUCAAAGCGAUCAAGAAAAAACUGAAGGGCAUUCCCAGGAGCGAACGGGGGAGUGAGGAGGAACGCGUGGUGUACAAGCUGUGUGAUGCGAUGCGCAAAGAACCUUAUGAGCAAGCGCUUCUGAAGAAGGCACAGGAAGAACGAGAUCAAGAAGUGAGGAAUAAGCAAGAGACACUUGACCACACCAGUGGCAAUGUGUUCCACUAUAAUUAUGGAGAGGGCAGCGGUUCGAGUGCACACGCACGUGAUGCUGGAGGAGUAGCACAAGCGCCCACACUUGAACAGGUGGCUCGAUUUUCAGGCCCAACAGCGAUGUCUGUGUUGCACGGGGAGUGUACGGAGGUGGGGCAAAAGCCCAUGUCAUAUCAACUACCAUUCACACUGCCGAGGGAUUUAUGCGCACCUGCGCUGAGAGGCGUACAUGAGAUCAUAGUUAGCGCAGCUGAGUUCCUAGAGGCGAAUUCGAUGCAGGCCGAGAUUGCGCUCAAAGCAAGUGUUGACAGCAAUCCCUUGAUAGCAUUCGUAACAACCGGUCAUGGGUUGCAUGGGUAUUAUAAGUUUGCCAGAGAGCGUGUGCGUACGGGCAAAAUAGUGGCACUGGAUAUGGAGAUCGAAGACGAGCCAGACACUGACAUGCAGGUGGAUGGCAUCGACACCAAGGUGGGCAUGGGAGGCAGCGAGAGCGAAGUAGCGAGAGAUGAGCGUACAACCAGUGAGACAGUAGGCGAAGGUAAGUUGGUUUCCGAGGACGGUGCCAUUUCUAAUGGUCAUAAAAUACUAGCGCACGAAGACGCAGAUGACGAGGUUGGCGAAAUUGUGAAUCCGGAGAGUGGGAGUAGUGGUAAGACCAUGCCAGAUACUGUCGAUGAGAUGCACAAGCUCGUCGACGACCUGUUGGAACCAACAGCACACAAACCUGCAAUGGGCCUAGACGACUGCAUGGCUGCUGUGGGCGCUUUUGUAAGCAAUGGCAUAGCUGCAUCUCAGGCGGAUAAUAGUGGCAAACCCAAAACAGUAAUGGAUACAGUGUCUGCCUUGGUUGCGUAUGGAGAGUAUUCCGAUUCGUCUGAUGAUGGCGACAGUGAUGAGAACGAAGCCGCAAUUGUCGGAGGUGUGGAUCCACAAGCAAUCGAUGUGAGCGUAAGUGUAGCUGAAAAUGGUGCAUGUGAGCGCUCAGAUGAUAACGCAGUAGACGUGAUGCAUGGUAGUAGUCCACAGGUAGGGGGCGGUCUGGUGGGAUACAGAGGCAUUGCCAACACAGACAGCGCUGACAGUCAAUCGAGUGAAGAGGAAGGCGAGAUAUCGGCAGCCUCGCAUACAGUGCAAAAUUCACUUGGCGUGCGUGAUGAUGAGUUAGAAGAUCCAAAAUUCAAAUCUGAAGAUGAGAGCGGUGACUCUACACGCGUUGCUAAGCUGCGAAGGAAGAUAAAGGAAACAAAUGGUACGUCAUCAGGAGAAACAGAGACUGAAGGGAUUUUAUCCGAUGCGUUGGAGGCUGUGGAGCAAAGUGAAUCCACUGAAAGAACGAAUAGCACAGCUGAAGACUUGAGCAGGUUACAGAGACCUGUCAGUGUUGAAAAUGACACUAUUGAAGGAACAGACAACACAGCUGAAAACGCGAGCAAGAGACGGAGAUCAGUCAAUGUAGAGACAGAGGAUGAGGAGAGCAAGAUGAAGAACAACGAUGACGAUAAGGUGGUCAGCGAAGGACUAAGCAUAUCAACGGCAGUCAAUGAGCUAUAUGAGGGUGGAGGGAACGAGACUGCCCUGGAGGAGAAUGAGUCUAUGGGUAGCACAGGUACCACGAAGUUAGGUGUCGAUACAAAGGCAACGACAUCGGGGAAGGCUAAAAGAGAUAGCAGACGUGUAACUGACAAAGAGAGCGCAACACACGAGCCAGACAGCCCAACAAGUGAGGAGGAGGGCGAAAUCUUUGAGAAGGUAGACAAAGUGAAACUCACGAAACCACCAACAGCGGUUGCAGACGUGAACAACGCGACUGAAAAGGCGAUGACCAAGAUCGAGAUUGACAGUUCUAAAUCAGACGUGGAAAUGGAUAGCUUAUCUGUGAACAAGAUGAACAAGAUCAAGUAUGUUAGUAGCAACAAGGAGCACGAGAAUGCGACUGAGGGUACGUCAACAGCUAACGAUGGAGGGGAGAUGGCGGUUACAGAAGAUGGAGCUGCCAGUCAAGAUGCUCAAUCCACUGCGAGUAAAGUGAGCGACACAGAGUUACAUGUCGGGCAGGCGCAACACAAGAAACGGAAAGCAAAUGCAGUGGGUGUAGCGGAUUCUUUGGAUGCAGAAGAUACUAAGCGCUCUGGUCGAGGCAAACGGCACAAGCGAACAAAAUAAAGUGCAGCUGGACAGGUGUACCCUCAGUAUUGCAACAUGUUGCCUGUAUUCUCGAUAUAUAUAAAAGUUUGAGGGAUUUCCUGAUUAAUAUGGAAGUCUUGCUCUGAGUGUGAUGACCUCUUCAUAGCGCUUUUAAGCGGGUCACGCCUGUAGGAC